AUGGAGCUUCCGACGUUGAGUUCAGCUGUUGUCAUUCUUGCAGUCGUUUUGGUCUUGUGCUUUGGUUCGACUACUUGUGGCAUUGGCGGGAAUAAUGAGACAGACAUGCAAGCCUUGCUUAAAUUCAAGGCCGAAAUAAUGGAUGACCCUUUCAAGGUUUUGAGCUCAUGGAAUGAAACCACCCACUUUUGCCAGUGGCAUGGUGUUACAUGUGGUCGCUGGCGCCAAAGGAUCACGGAGUUGCGCCUGCCAUCUCACAAACUUGUGGGAUCAAUAUCGCCCUUCAUUGGAAAUUUGAGCUUUCUAAGGUUUCUACAUCUCCAAAACAAUAGCUUCAGUCACGGAAUCCCUCAAGAAAUAGGCCGUUUGCACAGAUUACAGGGCCUCGACUUGAGCAAUAAUACCUUUGGGGGCAGAAUUCCUACCAAUCUAUCCGGUUGCUCUAACCUCAAAGCUCUUCGACUUAAUUAUAACAAGCUGGGUGGGGAAAUUCCUGUUGAGCUAGGCUCCUUGUCAAAGCUCCAAUUAUUUGCUGCCGAAGCCAAUAUGCUAACAGGAAGUAUCCUAUCUCUUGGCAACUUAUCAUCACUCGUUGAAGUUUAUCUACACUCGAAUAGUCUGCGUGGGAGUAUCCCUGAUGCUCUAGGCAAACUUAUGAAUCUUACAACUAUUUCAAUUUAUUCAAAUCAGUUUUCUGGUACCAUCCCUCCAUCACUUUUCAAUCUCUCUUCUAUUACAAUUAUUGACAUAGAAUUUAAUCAAAUCCAUGGGAGACUUCCAUGGGACUUGGGGAAAACUCUUCCCAAUCUCAAGGUCUUAUUCAUUGGUGCUAACCAAUUUACUGGCUCCAUUCCUCCUUCAAUAUCCAAUGCCUCAAAUCUGCAACUUUUUAAUAUUGCACUGGACAGUUUUACCGGAAACGUACCUUCUUUGGAAAAGUUGCGUGGGCUUCAAUGGUGGAGCACUACCGACAACCACCUAGGAAGUGGGGAAGCUGAUGACUUGAGUUUUCUCUGCUCUUUGACCAAUUCCACCAGCUUGGAGCUGUUGGCUAUAAAUGGCAACAAUUAUGGUGGAGUCUUACCUGAGUGCAUCGGUAACUUCUCAUCUACUCUUAGAGUAUUGUUAACUGAUGGCAAUAAUAUAGUUGGAAGGAUUCCAAGUGGAAUUUUGAAUCUCGUCAACUUAGAGCUGCUCGAUAUGAGGAAUAACACAUUGUCAGGUAACAUUCCCCCGGAUAUUGGAAAGCUUCAUAGACUACAUAUACUGUUUUUAUCUUCUAACAAUCUCUCAGGAAACAUCCCGGACUCUCUUGGAAAUCUCACUCAGUUAACCAACCUACAUUUCAUGAAAAAUAAUCUUGAAGGAAACAUACCUGUAAGUCUAGGAAACUGCCAAUCUUUGCUCUCUUUAAAUCUUUAUAAUAACAAUCUUAAUGGUACUAUACCUCCACAGAUCUUUGGUCUCCCAUCCUUGUCAAUCAAUCUCUAUUUGUCCAAAAACCGUUUCUCCGGUCCCCUUCCUAUAGAAGUUGGAAAUUUGAAAAAUUUAGGUGAAUUUGAUAUUUCAGAAAACAUGUUAACCGGUGAAAUUCCAGGGAGUCUUGGCAGUUGUAUUAGGCUGGAGUAUCUAGGCAUGCAAGGAAACUUCUUCCAAGGGAUUAUUCCAUCAAGUUUUCGUUAUUUGAGAGGACUACGGAAAUUAGAUCUUUCUCGAAACAAUUUGUCAGGACCAAUUACAGACUUUGUUGUGGAUUUCAACUCGUUGGAGCUUUUGAAUUUAUCUUACAACAAUUUUGAGGGUAAAGUGCCAAUAGAUGGCGUUUUCAAGAACUCAAGUGCAAUUUCAGUUGUAGGAAAUAGUAAGUUGUGCGGGGGAAUACCAGAGAUAAACUUGCCUACAUGCAACAUUCUAAAGUCCAAGAAGACAAAAUUGACUGUAACCAUGAAAUUAAUUAUCUCCAUAGUUUUCGGGCUUCUAGGAGUAAUUUCUAUGCUGUCCUUUUUAUUUGUUUGUUGGUUAAGAAGGAAAAAAAAGAAACCCACUUCAAGUUCUUCAGGAAAUUUGGUUUUGAAUUUGUCUUACCAAAGUCUCCUAAGAGCCACUAAUGGGUUCUCCUCUGCUAAUUUGCUUGGUGUGGGUAGUUUUGGAUCCGUGUAUAAAGGAAUCAUCGAUGAUGGUCGAAUGACAAUUGCUGUCAAGGUGCUAAACCUUUUGCGUCGUGGAGCUUCCAAGAGCUUUCUUGCUGAGUGUGAGGCCUUGAGAAACAUUAGGCAUCGGAAUCUUGUAAAAAUACUUACAGUUUGUUCAGGUGUUGAUUAUCAGGGUAAUGAUUUUAAGGCUUUGGUUUAUGAAUUCAUGGUCAAUGGGAGCCUUGAGGAUUGGUUACAUCCGAUUGCUAAAGAAGAUGCGGUUCACCAAGAGCAAAGGAAUCUGAAUCUUUAUCAAAGAUUGAAUAUCGCCAUUGAUGUUGCAAGCGCAUUGGAAUAUCUCCAUUAUCAUUGCCAAACACCAAUCCUCCAUUGCGACCUCAAGCCGAGCAAUAUUCUUCUUGACGAUGAAAUUAUUGGACAUGUUGGAGACUUUGGGUUAGCAAGAUUCUCUCCCAAAGCUAACCAUAACUCUUCAACCAACCAGUCGAGCUCUAUUGGCAUAAGAGGAACUAUUGGUUAUACUCCUCCAGAGUAUGGUGUGGGAAAUGAGGUGUCCUCCUAUGGUGAUAUAUAUAGCUAUGGGAUCCUCUUGUUAGAAAUGUUUACUGGGAAAAGACCCACAGAUGACAUGUUCCAAGACACUCUGAAUCUACAUUCUUUUGUCCACGAAGCUUUGCCUGAACGAGUUGUCGAGAUUGCGGAUCCAAUUAUUUUUCAGGAAAGAAAAGAAGAGAUAACCAUGAAUAACUCUCAUAAUAACAUCAACAAAAGAAGAAGGGAAAUCCAAGAAUGCUUGAUUUUGAUGUUUGAGAUUGGAGUUGCUUGUUCUGUUGAACAACCCGGAGAGCGGAUGAGCAUCAAAGAUGUGGUAACUAAGCUUAUUAUGCUCAAGAAAAGAUUCUUGAAUCUAGAAGACAUGGAGGUUGCCGAAUUGCGGGUAGACCAUAAUAUCAACAGGUAACAAUCAUACCCGCCAUACGGACGAGGACACGUAAGGGCUCUUGGAGUGAUGACUUUUGAUCGGCUAUUUAGUCGGAUGGCUGCUGUAAUGGAGUAUUUUCAUGGAUAUUUGGACAUGAUAUAUUGAGCAAAUGUUUGAAUGCUUGGA